AUGGUAUUGUGUUGUUGCAAUCUGCUUGAGUCGAUUCGAUUCUUUAAUCAGUUGAGGUCAACGGCAGCUGAUAAACGGUGCGCCAUCGAACGUUCGUUUUGGUCUCACAGUCAUUACCGCUUCUUUGGCUUCAUGUAUGGUGAACCUGGGCCACCCUUUCGACCAUUCUCCGUACCACCUCCACCUAUGGGGCCACGGUUCAACGUGGUCCCGCGUAUGUGGUGUGUUCCUCCAAUGCCUCUUAACUUUCCCACAUCGCAACCACCUACCGGCGUGCCUUCCUCUCCGCCGCCACCUUUGCCCCCAGCCCCGCUAGGGGACCCCAUUGAGACGUCGUUGAUUCAAUGGCUGGCGGAGAACGAACCUCGUAUUCGUGCAAGACGUCUUCAACAAACCAAUCCAAAGAUUCCCGAUUUCCGAUCGAAACUGAAACGUUGGGAUUGUCUUUUGAAAGAACUCCGAACAGGUUCGGACCCAAACCUCAAGGAGGAACUUUUUCAACUUGAGCGAGAAUGCUCCGAUCCGGCCACAAUUGAGAAGCUUCAGUUAAAGCUUCGCAAUAUCCGAAAGAAGCGCCGCAAUCAGAAGCGCCGGAGAAGGAUGGCGUCUGAGUCAGCGCAGGAGUUCGUUGUCUGUCGGUCAGCUGUCGCGGAAACGGUUACGCGGUUGCGUUCUGAAGAACAUGGCUCACCGGAUUCACUACGAGAUCAGUCGUCAGGAACACACGUAAACGAAACCAAAAAUUCCGAACGCCCCUGUUCCGAAUCCUGUCCGCCCACUCAACCGAAACAGUGCCCUGAACAUCACACACCUCGUUUGAGCUAUGCGGUCACUCAGUGUACUGAGCUGUUGUCUCUUUUGGAUGGACUACAAAGGCUACGGGCUGCUCGGUUAAAUCAGGCUCGUCAGCAAGGUGGGCUCUAUCCUGAGGCACUUGAUUUGGCUUUCACUGCUCAGUUGGGGGAGUUGCGUACUUCAAUCAGGACCCAUGUCAGUAUGCUUCAGAACGCCAUUGAUAUUCGGAAAAUGCCUUCAGUAUCCAAAACAAACGAACCUAUGAAACCACCGGGUGUCGACUCGACAAGUGGUCAUGAGAGUUGCUGUAACCAUUUUCCUGGUUUACUGGACUGGAAAAAGCGCCUCCUGUUUUGUGCUGGCUUAGAACAGCGCGAGCUACCAUGGAAGUGUAAACGCUUUUACCAUCAAGCCGAUUUCGAUUUCACGGAUUUUCUACGGAUCCGGUUUGCUUGGGAUGCCUAUCUCGUCCCAGACGCUGGAGAUAAAACACAAUCAGACAUCGAAUCUUCGAUAUCUGAAAAGUCGGAAGAGGAUAGCCAGCUUCCAGCCACAUGGAUCGUUCCUCCCGAAGUCUCUCCGGACAGCCCCUGGGCUAAAUAUUUGGAAACUAACAAUUGAAUUUUCUCAGCAUGUUCGAAUCACCUGUACAUGUAUUUUCAUCGGUAGCAUGCUCCGUCAAGAAAACAUGAACAAGGCUACCUUUUAAAUUUUUUCCAUAACCAGAAUUUGUGACUUGCAUCGGUCUUGUGGUAACUGUGGG